ACAAUGACGUGGACCAAUCACCUAACGUCAUUUAAUUGACGUGUUCGGAGUUUACUACAUAAAAUAUUAAGCGAUUCCAAAACUAUUACAACUCUUUUUGAUUUCGUUGAUUUAAGAAAAUGGGAAAAAAUCAGCGAUUUAUUUUUUGUGCUGGUGGUAUUUUCGUCUCAUACUUUUAUUUCGGUAUUCUCCAAGAAAAAAUUACCAGGGGCAACUAUCCUUACACAUCUGUUGAUGAAUCGGGACUUGUUAAAAACAUAAAUGAAAAGUUUACUUUUGCCCUGUCCCUCGUAUUUAUACAGUGCCUAAUUAAUUAUCUUUUUGCGAAGGGUAUGUUAAUUGCUAAACCACAACCUGAGGAUACAACUCCGACGAAGUAUUUUGCAAGCACAUCUUUAACAUAUUUAUUAGCUAUGAUUUGUUCUAAUAUGGCAUUACAAUGGGUUCCUUAUCCAACGCAGGUAGUUGGUAAAUCAGCGAAACCAAUUCCAGUCAUGAUUUUGGGAGUUUUAAUUGGUAGAAAAUCGUAUGCUUUAAGGAAAUAUUUAUUUGUUCUUUUAAUUGUUAUUGGGGUGGUACUUUUUAUGUAUAAGGAUAAAAGUGGAAAAGUACAAACAGGUGGGAGUUCUAUUGGAAUUGGAGAAUUACUUUUAAUUCUUUCUUUAGUUAUGGAUGGGUUAACUGGCGCUGUUCAGGAAAGAAUGAGGGCAGAAUCAAAGCCAUCGGCCCAACAAAUGAUGAUGGCAAUGAAUUUUUGGUCGACUGUAUUUGUAACAUUUACACUACUACUUACUGGAGAAACGUUUGAGUUUUUUAAUUUUGUUACCAGACAUCCAUCAGUUAUUUUAAACAUGAGCUUGUUAGCUGUUACAGGCGCUUUAGGGCAAUUAUUCAUUUUUUUAAUGGUAUCCGAAUUUGGACCAUUACCUUGUUCAGUAGUGACUACAACUCGAAAAUUCUUCACUGUCUUAGCUUCUGUAUUAAUCUUCCAAAAUCCUUUACUUCCAAGACAAUGGAUUGGAGCUGUAAUCGUCUUUACUGGGUUAUUUUUGGAUGCUUAUUACUCAAAAUCAACUCCUAAGAAAAAAUAAAACCCUUUGGGGGAAAUGUAAA